UGUGUUGCAGCGCGCAUGUUUGCCAUUGGCUGCAGCAUGGGGCCCUUGAUGCACUACUGGUACCUCUGGUUAGACGGCGCCUUCCCCGCCAGCGGCUUCAAGAGCAUCAGAACGGUCCUCAAGAAAGUCCUCAUCGACCAGCUGGUGGCAUCUCCAGCCCUGGGAGUCUGGUAUUUCCUGGGUAAGAGCGCUGCUACCCGCCUUAUGGCUGCGUUGCUAAAAGCAGAGCGGGCCGACUGGUGCGUGUGGCCGGCCGCGCAGCUCCUCAACUUCCUCUUCCUCCCGCCCAAGUACCGGGUGGCCUACGUGAACGUGGUCACGCUGGGCUGGGACACCUACCUCUCCUAUCUCAAGCACCGGCCUAACCCGGCCCUGGGCGCCGAGCGCGACGCGCAGCCCCGCGUCGGGAUGUGA